CCCUUUUUUUUAUUAAGGUUUUGAGUUCGUUUAUCUCUCUCUUUCGUUCGUCGCUUUGAUCGAACCCAAAAAGGAAGAAAGAAAUCACCUUUCGUCGCCGUUCUGAUUUUCCGAUAGCCACAGCUUCUCUGAUACCAAUCCUUGAUCGUCGCCCUUUUGUUUUGGUUCUGCUUCGCCUCCAAAGUUCAGUAAUUGUAAGUUCUGAAUAGAAAGCGAUAUGUCGAAGAAGUUUUCGCCGACCUUGAGGCUCGGAGAUCUCAACGAUUUCAUUGCUCCGUCUCAAGCUUGUGUUAUAUCUCUUAAGGGUACAAAACCUAUUAUUAAGAAGACUGAUCGACCCCAGGUUGUGAUUGCUCCAAAACAAGAGAAGUUUGAACCGGUCAAAAUUUCUCUUAAGGAUUGUUUGGCUUGCAGUGGAUGCAUCACAUCGGCUGAGACUGUUAUGCUUGAGAAGCAAAGCUUAGACGAGUUUCUCUCUGCACUUAGCAAAGGCAAGGACGUGAUUGUGUCUAUUUCCCCACAGUCCAGAGCUUCCCUUGCGGUUCACUAUGAGAUCUCUCCUCUUCAGGUUUUCAAGAAGCUGACUACGUUUUUGAAGUCUCUGGGAGUUAACGCUGUGUUUGAUACUAGCUGCAGCAGAGACUUGGUACUUAUUGAAGCUUGUAAUGAGUUUGUGAGCCGUUACAAGCAAGCUAAUUCUGAAGAUGGCGAAAAUUCACUAUCCUCUUUACCUGUGCUUUCCUCUGCCUGUCCUGGUUGGAUAUGUUAUGCUGAAAAGCAGCUUGGCUCUUUUGUUCUGCCGUAUGUCUCUUCUGUUAAGAGUCCUCAGCAAACUAUUGGAGCUGCGAUCAAACACCAUUUGUGUCAAGCGUUGGGACUCAGACUGAAGGAGGUGUACCAUGUGACUGUGAUGCCCUGUUACGAUAAGAAGCUCGAGGCAGCGAGAGAUGACUUUGUCUUUGAAGAUGGAGCAGAUGAUAAACUGACUGAGGUUGAUUCCGUGCUAACAUCUGGUGAAAUCUUGGAUUUAAUAAAGUUGAAAGGAGUCGACUUUAAAGAUUUGGAGGAAUCUCCACUCGACAGAUUGUUGACGAAUGUUACCGAGGAAGGAAAUCUUUAUGGUGUAGCUGGGAGUUCAGGUGGCUAUGCGGAAACAAUAUUCAGACAUGCAGCAAAAACACUAUUUGGACAAACUAUUGAAGGUCCUCUGGAGUUUAAAACUCUCAGAAAUUCUGAUUUCCGUGAAGUGACUCUUCAAUUGGAAGGUAAAACAGUGCUGAAAUUCGCGUUGUGUUACGGUUUCCAGAACCUUCAGAAUAUCGUUCGGAGAGUGAAAACGCGCAAAUGCGAUUAUCAUUAUGUAGAGAUUAUGGCGUGUCCUGCAGGUUGCCUAAAUGGUGGUGGGCAAAUCAAGCCAAAGACAGGGCAGUCUCAGAAAGAAUUGAUCAACUCACUGGAAGCUACUUAUAUGAAUGAUACUACUUUGAUUACAGAUCCAUACCAGAAUCCAACAGCCAAGAGAUUAUACGAAGAGUGGCUUAAAGAGCCUGGUUCCAACGAGGCCAAGAAGUACUUGCACACUCAGUAUCAUCCGGUGGUGAAAAGCGUUACAGCGCAGCUCAACAAUUGGUAGACAAACCGGAGGUGGUGUUGAAAUUUUGACUGGCUAGGCAAAAGACGUUUCUAUAUUUGUGUACUUUAGAUAUAGGAGACGAAAGACGCUUUUUUUGCUCAAAUUUUUAUGUAUGUAAAAGACAAAUCUCAACAUUACAUAAAAGUACAAUUAACACAUC